CUGAGCUCAAGCGUCAUAAGCAGUGGCAUAUGCGUAUUCGUAAAUACAACGCGUUUGGAGAGGUUGUGCAGUGAACAACUCUCUUCGAUAAACGACACAAUGGUAGAUUUAAAGACAAAUGUGAGUUUCGCGUGCCAACGGUGUCUACAGCCACUGAAACUAGACUCUAGUUUCGAUCACCUCGGAGAGCACACUCUGGCUGAACUCUCACUUCCUAUACAACAGCAAGUUGUUGGAGAAUUAGAACCUCAGAGUGAUAGUAUAGAACAUUUAGUUCCACCAUUCAGAUUAACUGAAUCAGGAAAUGGUACAAAUGGAUUUAUGUUGGUGGGUGAUUCUGGUGAAACAGAAAGCUUAAGUCAUCAUUUAAAGGUACGAGCUACAUUAUUUGACAUUCUGAGCAGUAGUAGUUCAGCAGAUCAUCCACUUUGCGAUGAGUGUACAGAUAGUCUUUUGUUAUUAAUGGAUCAGCAAUUAAGAAUGACAGAAGGAGAAUGGUCAGAUUAUAAUGAAUAUCUGAAGAGAUUAGAAAUGGAACAACAAUAUCAGGGACAUGAAGAUGUAGAAAUGGAGAAUCUUACAAAGGAAUUACAAGAUGUAAAAGCUGAGGAAGAGAGAAUGAUAAGAGAAUUGGAGGCAUUGAGGAAAGAAGAAAUAGCCACCAAGAACGCCAUAGCGGAACAAGAAAGGGAAAGAGAAAGAUUGCAAAGUGAAGAAGACAGGUAUUGGAAAGAAUAUUCAAAGCACCGAAGAGAUCUCAUGUUAGCUGAAGAUGAAUGUCGCAGUUUGGACAACCAACUAGCAUACGCAGCUGCACAACUUCAAAGGUUGAAGAAAACAAAUGUUUUUAACGCCACAUUUCAUAUCUGGCACUCGGGCCACUUUGGAACUAUAAAUUCAUUUCGAUUAGGACGAUUGCCGAGUGCACCAGUGGAUUGGAGCGAAAUAAACGCCGCUUGGGGACAAACGACUCUUUUGCUAGUAGCUCUUGCGCGCAAAAUGAAUCUAACAUUCAAACGUUUCCGUUUAGUACCAUUUGGCAAUCACAGUUAUAUUGAAGCACUGGAUCAAAACAAGGAGCUUCCAUUGUACGGAAGCGGAGGAUUCAAAUUUUUAUGGGACACAAAAUUUGACGCAGCUAUGGUGGCGUUUCUGGAUUGCUUACAGCAAUUUAAGGAACAAGUAGAAAAAGGAGAUAGUGGAUUUUGUCUGCCAUACAGAAUGGAUCGAGGAAAAAUCGAAGACUCUGCAACAGGGAACUCUUACUCCAUAAAAAUACAAUUUAAUUCAGAAGAGCAAUGGACUAAGGCCCUAAAGUUCCUACUAACAAAUUUAAAAUGGGGUCUUGCAUGGGUUAGCUCUCAGUUUACAAAAGAUGAAUUGAAUAUUAAUUGAAUAUUGGUACUUGUAAUUUUGCGUAACUUUACUUAUGCAAUGAUCUGGUACUUGCUUGUGUAUAAAAGCUCUAUUUGUAAAUAAACUUCGUUGAAUGAUAGUAUUA